AGAUUAGCUAUAAAAGCUUAUUGAUAUAGUGCGGAAAUACCAAGCAAGCUAAGCUGUGCUACCGGGGACAGGAAUACAUAUAUUUAUUUUCUUCCGAGAUUUGCGUGUUUUGACUGAUCACAGUGCGCAACUAUAAGGUCGGAUUUGCUUUGUAAGCGGCAAAGCUUGUUCACUAUCUGAUCUAUUACCCAAAGGACAUAAAUUGACUAUUCUACAAUAUCUUAAUGGGACUCCACGGUGAGUUCUUUGAAAAAAAAAUGCCGAAAAGUGCCCCAAGUCGAUUUUGAAGACCUUUCAGACCUUUGAAUUCAAUUUUGUCAUCAAUCAGAAAAAGACGUCUUAAAGUAAUUGGUUAUAAAUUGACGUUCUUAUCCAUUGAAGACGAAUUUGCAUAAGUCGCAAUUUGURUAACCUUGUUUUAUUUUGAGGCAGUGUAAAAUAGUUCAGUGGGGUGCCGUCUGUUUUAUUAUUGUGUGUGAUCGCAGUGCAUGACGGUAUUUGUCUGGAGUUGAACACUGUCACAACACAAGUGUCAAGUCCCGACAGGCACUUGAUGACUUAGAGAAUCUAAUAUUAACAAUAUUGGAGUUCUGUUAUACUGUAUACAUUCUCGUUCAAUGCCUUUUUGCAUACGCAUGGUGCGUAUCGAGAAAAAUGGUGUUUCUUGAGAGGUGCACAGCCAUGAAAAUGUUAAUUCUGCCGAAGCUACUUUGGAUCCUCGUCUUCGUUGUACAAGGUGUUGGAAGUCAAAAUUCUAUMAAUCCAAGGCGUUCAAAGGCCAAUCUUACAAAUGGAGUACCCUCAUGUCCUAAAGUUUUACACAAUUCAUACUCUGUUUGCAAAAUGACAUGUCUUAUUGACGAAGACUGUGCAAAUCAUGGAGAUGAUCUUAAGUGCUGCCCAACAAGUCCUGGAAGCAAAUGCAAAGCUGAAUGUAGACAAGCAGUGUUGAGUCCUCAUGGAGGAAAAGUAUGUUAUGAUUUUAAAAAGGGAAGGAAAUAUGUCAUAGGUGAUGUUUUUCAAAGAGAUGGCAUCUGUUGUCAGUGUCGUGCUGGAGGGGUUGUGAAUUGCUCACUGGCAAAAUCUUGUACUCAAGGUUGUUAUUAUGGAUCCAAGUACUAUAAAGAAGGCGAUAGCUUCUUUACAGCAACUAAAUGCCAAAACUGUUCAUGCCGUAAAAGCGUUAUCUACUGUAAAUAUAAUCCAAAUUGUACACAAGAAAAAUGUCAAUACAAAGGUAAAAUUUAUAAACCAAGUCAUAUUCUCAGGCUUGACAAAGGGUGCAAAGAAUGUGUCUGUGAAAGCCAAGGUUGGAAUUGUAAUGCCAUUACAUGUGAUGCUCAACAAUCCAUGUCAUCGUMUGCGUCACCCUUGCGAUUUAACUCUAUUACGAUCWUACUACUACAAGCACUGUUGCCAGGCUACUUAUCAAGUUAGCAGUUAGUCUAUAGUACAUGAUUAAUCAUUAUUGUUAUUUUUUAAUAUUAGUCCCUUUUGGACGGUAACCUGUACAUACCUGUGUAUAUAAAUUAUAAUGUUUUUUUAAGAAUUACGGUGUUUAUUUGGAGUGUCAUAAUAAUAAUAAUAUUUUAUAGAGUCAAACUAAACAUUCCAUCGAUAUUUGUUAUUUAGUUGAGUUCAUUAAUGAAUUACUACUAACAUUAAUUAUUGAUUUGAUAUAAUGAUUUGUUUUGAUGUUUGAAUGUUAUACAAACAAUAAUAUAAUAAUCAAGUCACUCAUUUAAAUGUUGUUUUGAAAUAUUGUGUUACCAAAAUUUCUUUUUUUGAAGAAUAUGUAAAAAAUUAUGAAAUUUAUACAAACAAGAACAUAAUCAAGUCACUCAUUUCAAAUGUUGUUUUGAAAUAUUGUGUUACCAAAAUUUCUUUUCUUGAAGAAUAUGUAAAAAAUUAUGAAAUGGUGCAUUUUAAUCAUCAAAAUGCACUUUUCAUGGUGUAAAUGAAAGGUUGAUUAUACAGUCAUAUAUGGCGUAUAAAUACAGAACUUUAUAGAUGGCAGAGAGUUAGUAAACUUGACUCAUUGUUGGUUCAAUUUGCAGUAAUGUGUCAAUAUAAGUAUUGUCAGUAACAUGCAAAAAAGGUGUGUGGUUCUAUUGUAUUUGAAUUGUAGACCAUUUGUGAUCAGGAAAGUGGUUUUAUUUGAGUCUAGUAUUAAGUACUUUCAUUUAGUUUGUCUAAGAGAUGUAUUGUUAGACCUUUGUAUUUCAUGCAAUGGUUUAAAUAACAUUGUCCUAGAGAAACUAAUGGAAGACCAAGUCAAAGCUAUAUAAGGUGACCAUUACAAAGUUCACCCACAGUACUGUAUUUCGUCCCUACUAGUAUAAAUCGUUUACCAGUGGUAUUGCCACUCUCAUCUUAAUAAUAAUAAUAAUAAUAAUAGGGAGUUUGUUUAAAUAUGGUGAUUUUGUUAAAAAGUUGUUUUAUUUUUGAUCUGUAAUAAAAUUAGAGAUUUCUCAAAUAAAAUGUUUUGAUUGC